AAAAAUGUACAAAGUAAAGAAAAUAAGACAGGAACUACAACAUAGCUGUUUUCCCUAAACAUUCAGAUGAAUGUUAACCUAAAAUCCUAAUGAUUUUUAAAUUAUUGUUCCUGAUAUUUGUCAAGUAUCCAAAUGUAUUUGCCCUAGGAUUUAGUCUCCUACUCUUUAGCCCACAGAUCAGGUCAUAAAUAGCUGGUUAAGUCCUAUCCGGUCUUUGCAAAGCUCAUUGGCUUGUGUUUGGAGGAGGGCUCAAGCUACUAUAAAAGAUGAAGUGACGCAAAAUUUCACACAAUGCUUCCUGAAGCUCAGCUGAGCAGGUAGUCCAAGACAUCACAAACCUGUGUCCUUUAAAACAAAAAAGAUCAUAUUUUUAAGCAUUUCAUCGGAUAAUCCAAUGCUCAAAAUUAAAGCACACAUCAGCUGAAUUUAAAGUGUGGGACACUUCGACUAAUUCUGAAGGACAGUUUCACUGUUAUAUGCUGAAGAUGACUUGUGCAAAUGUGAUGUCGAGGUUUGGCCCGCCUGUCUCAGUGAGGUCUGUGGAUAUGACCGUGGGCUUCAGGUGCAGAGGAUCACCAAACAUCAACCACCUGCUCGGCGUGUCUUCACCCAAACCCCUGCGGCCCUGCAUCUCCCUUCAGCCGGUGUUUGAGUACAGACACUCCCCUUCGACAGGCCUCAUCACCGCCAAAAGCAGCCGCAGGGAAAAACGCGUCGCGUUCGCCGACGCCAAAGGACUUUCGCUCAUCACGGUGCGCUUGUUCUCCGAGAAAGAGGACAAAAUCCCUCGAGAACCGGUGAAGAUACCACGACUAAAGAAGUUGGGCUGCACUAAAGAGACUGUUAAUAAAGCUUUAAAGUUGAAGCUUGGCUUCGAACAGCCUUGUAGAGACUUCCAGGCGUUCAGAAGUCGGCUUCAGGAUCAUAUGGUUGUGUUGGAGAGCUGCAAUGUCACCAGAUGCUCCAUUCUGGGCACCGUACGCGUCAAGAACGUUUGCUUUGAGAAAGUGGUGCAAAUCCGUAUAACUUUCGACACCUGGCGCAGUUACAAGGACGUGCCGUGUACUUAUCUGGAGCAGAGUUAUGGGGAACCUGGAACCGACGUGUUUGAGUUUAACAUCGGCGUCCCUGAGCGGAUAGAUCCGGGCGAGCGCAUCGAGUUCUGCGUGUCUUACUCGCCGGCCGCGUUCAGUGCGGCUCGAUGGGACAAUAACAAUGGCGAUAACUACUGUAUCCAUGUGUGUUAAAGUGUGACUGAAUGUGCUGUUUUCUAACGAUGGUUUUACACUGCGUCUACAAACCUAAAAACUACAAACGUUUGCACUUUGUCACCUGCUUGCUGACCCGUUUAGCACGUACUGACUAAAAAACCAUUGCCACGGUCAAAGACCACAAAUGUAUUUUAUAAAUUUAAAUGUAUUUAAAUAUGUUAAUAUCUCACAUAUACGGUGGAAAUGUUUAUUUAACCUUGCAUACUGUGGAAAAUAUUUGAUAUUGUGUCAAAUAAAUGCGAUUUUAUAUUUUUAAAUACA